CGGCACGGCCGAGGCCUGCUUCGGGGCGUGCGUCGGCUUUGCCGGCGGUUGAGGGAUUCUGGGUAACGACCGUGGCCUGCGGGGUAGCUGGCUCCGCCCAGCAGGUUCCACUCACGCCAGGGCCGUUGGCAGUGGCGGUUGUCCUGCCCUCCCCAGCGGGACAUGGAGCAGCCGUGGCCGCCACCGGGCCCCUGGAGCUUCCCGAGGACUGGCGGGGAGACCGAGGAGGAGAGCGACUUGGACGUUUCCCCGUCUUCUUCCCACUAUCCUCUGUUCCCGGACGGCGGUGCCCAGAUGUAUAGCCAUGGGAUUGAGCUGGCUUGCCAAAAGCAGAAAGAAUUUGUGAAGAGCUCUGUGGCGUGUAAAUGGAAUCUUGCUGAAGCCCAGCAGAAACUUGGCAGCUUAGCACUGCAUAACUCUGAGUCCUUGGAUCAGGAACAUGCCAAGGCACAGACUGCAGCGUCAGAACUGAGGCAGCGGGAAGAAGAAUGGCGACAGAAAGAGGAGGCUCUGGUCCAAAGAGAGAGGAUGUGUCUCUGGAACAUGGAUGCCAUUAGCAAGGAUGUUUUUAAUAAGAGUUUUAUUAAUCAAGAUAAAAGAAAAACAGAAGAUGAAGAUAAAUCACAGUCAUUUAUGCAGAGAUACGAGCAAAAAAUCAGACAUUUUGGUAUGUUGAGUCGAUGGGAUGAUAGUCAGAGAUUUUUGUCUGACCACCCAUACCUUGUAUGCGAAGAAACUGCUAAAUAUCUUAUUUUAUGGUGUUUUCACCUAGAAGCUGAGCAGAAAGGUGCUCUAAUGGAACAAAUAGCACAUCAAGCUGUUGUAAUGCAGUUUAUUAUGGAAAUGGCCAAAAACUGUAAUGUGGAUCCAAGAGGCUGUUUUCGUUUAUUUUUCCAGAAAGCCAAAGCUGAAGAAGAAGGGUAUUUUGAAGCAUUCAAAAAUGAACUUGAAGCUUUCAAGUCAAGAGUAAGACUUUAUGCUCAAUCACAAAGUUUUCAACCUGUGACAGUUCAGAAUCAUGUUCCCCAUUCUGGUGUUGGGUGCUUAGGCUCCUUAGAAUCCUUAUCACAGAACCCAGAUUAUCUUCAGUAUUCUGUCAGUACACCUCUCUGCAGUUUAAACUCAGUGGUACAUAAAGAAGAUGAUGACAAAAUGAUGGACACUGUGUAAUGCAGCUAAGACUGCUGAGGCCAAGGACUAUUUUGUUACAAGAAAGGAAGAGCUUGGCUAUUUUCUUGACACUUUUAUGGGUGCUGCACUUUAUUUUUGUUCGGUUUUUGAUGGGAGGGAAAAGAGUACUGAAAUGUUUUGCAACUUUUUUUAUGUGCUGCUAGGGGUUUUUGCUGUUUGUGGUUUCUGAAGGGAGGAGCGGUACCAUAUGUUGCAGGAGGUCUAACUGGGCUCUCCCCAACCCCUCAGU